CCGCCCCGCGCUGGCAGAGCGGACCCAGGCCCUUGGCCGCCCCGCGUCAUGGCCGCGCCCGCCCCGGUCACGCGGCAGGUUAGCGGGGGCACCGCCCCGGUCCCGGCCCCGAGUGGCCCCGACCGUGGGCAGCCCCUGGCGGCCGCCGUGGCCGAGCUGCCGGUGCUGGACGCCCGCGGGCAGCGGGUACCUUUCGGCGCGCUGUUCCGGGAGCGCCGCGCCGUGGUGGUGUUCGUGCGGCAUUUCCUGUGUUACAUCUGCAAGGAAUACGUAGAGGAUCUGGCCAAAAUCCCCAAGAGUUUCUUACAAGAAGCAAAUGUCACCCUUAUAGUGAUUGGACAGUCAUCCUACCAUCAUAUUGAGCCUUUUUGCAAACUGACUGGAUAUUCUCAUGAAAUCUAUGUCGAUCCUGAGAGAGAAAUUUAUAAAAGAUUGGGAAUGAAAAGAGGUGAAGAAAUUGCCUCCUCAGGACAGAGCCCCCACGUAAAAUCAAAUCUACUCUCAGGAAGCCUUCAGAGCCUGUGGCGGGCAGUGACUGGCCCUCUCUUUGAUUUUCAAGGAGACCCAGCUCAGCAAGGUGGAAUCCUCAUUUUAGGUCCAGGUAACAACAUCCAUUUUAUACACCGCGAUAGGAAUAGGUUGGAUCACAAACCCAUCAACUCUGUUUUACAGCUGGUAGGAGUUCAGCAUGUGAACUUUACAAACAGACCUUCAGUUAUCCAUGUGUGACUUAAAAUGCAAUCAGUCACUUUCACUGGUCCUUCUGGAGUGUGACCUUCAACAUCCUCGGGCAGUGUCGAACCUGCUGUCCCUUCCCAGCCUUUGAGGAGUUAGGGGAGCAUAAAGGGGGCUUGAAGCAGGUGAGUUGCAUGCUGGGAGGCAUCAGUUGUCAGCAAUGUGAUAAAUACUUCCAUUUUAUAACUUAACAUUUUAUACAAAAUAACAAAAAUGAAUAUACAAAAUAUAACUUUAAACCUAUAAAACCUAUAAAAUCAUAAAUAUUUGUUAUUUUACAUUAUGGUAUAUUCAAUGAAAGAUUUUUUUGGCAAUGUAAAUUCUGAUGAAUAUAUAAAGGGAUGGGAGAGCAGCAGAAGACCAUUGUAUUCAGUGAAGAAGACAAAAUAUCAAAUUCUGUCAACAAUGUAACUUCAUUUUUAUAUGUAUAUAUUUGUAUUUUUGUAUGCUUAGGAAAAAGACAGUAAACACCAAAAUGUUCCCAGUAGGUAUCUCUGUGUUAUUAUUUUCUUUUCUGUACUUUUCUGUAUUUCCCAACUGUUAUAUAAUGAGCAUGAUUAACAUUGUAGGGCCAGGAAAAGGUCUUUAAACAUUGUACAACAAUUUUAUGCCUACAUAACAACCUUCACAAAAGUGCAAAUCAUGUAAGCUGCAGUCCACUUUUCCAUCCUAACUGCUUUACUCAGAGUAGGUGUGGGGCAAUCCAAACAUCUGAUAUACAGCCAGUGUCCACAGCACCUUCUCAAACUACAUACUUGCUAUCCAUUUCACUAGGAUUUUGGGGGGCUGGGGGAGCUAUGGAGAAAAAAUUUGUUUUAGAUAUUUAAGAUAUAUAUUUAAAAUAUGGUCGGUAUGCUUUUUGAAAGGGAACUAUAAGGUUUGUUUUUUGUUUUUGUUUUUUUUGAAAUGGAGUUUCACUCUUGUUGCCCAGGCUGGAGUGCAAUGGCACAAUCUUGGCUUACCACAACCUCUGCCUCCUGGGUUCAAGCGAUUCUCCUGCCUCAGCCUCCCAAGUAGCUGGGAUUACAGUCAUGUGCCACCACGCCCGGCUAAUUCUCUAUUUUUAGUAGAGAUAGGGUUUCUCCAUGUUGAUCAGGCUGGUCUUGAACUCCCGACCUCAGGUGAUCCGCCUGCCUCAGCCUCCCAGAGUGCUAGGAUUACAGGUAUGAGCCACCACGCCUGGCCUAUUUUUCUGGAAUCUUAAUAUGUUUAGUUGGGAAGUGUCCCAGAAAUCCUGAUGAAAAGUAUAGCAAAAUCAGAAUUUUGGUAAUUAAUAGCAAGUACAAUACUGCUUUGAACUCAAUACUUUUAUAUGAAGCAUAUAAAGUUACAAAAAAACUAAUGUAUUCAAAUAGUUGCAUAUAUUUUCAUGUUUGUAUAAUGCUUUUAUUCAAUAAAAAUGUAAUUUCUCAUUUAAA